CAUGAUAGAACAUAAGGAUUAAUUAAUUGAAGACUCAAAAAUAUUAGAAUCAUAUAUUGGAAGAACUACAAAAUUUGAAAAUAGAGAUUUAACUAUGUAAGAUUUAGAAGGUAUCAGUUAAUUAUUGGAAUAUUAUGAUAAUACUGAAGAUUUAGAUAGAAGGGAUCAAUUAUUAUAGGAAUUAUACAAUUAAAUUGUCACAAUGAAAAAUUCAAUAGAUUAUGAUCUUGAAUAAAUUGAUGAUUCUUAAUAUGAUCGUAUUAGUGAUUUAGUAAAUAAUGCAGAAUGUGAAGAUGUCACAAUUAUAGGAUCAUUUCAACCAUUAUUUAAAUAAGAAGAAAAACCAAAGAAAGAGAAAGUAUAAGAAAGAAUUAGAUUAUCAAAUAAUUCAAAAACAAUUAAAUUACCAAGAAGAAGAAAGCAUGCUAAGAAAUAUGUGAUUACUAAAAAACCUUAUGAAUGGGAUAAGGAUAUUAAAAAUUAUGACAACAUUCCUAUUCCCAAUUAUAAUGAUUAUCAUAAUAUUGAUGAACUUGAUGAAAUUGAUUGUUUUUUUGAUUGA